UCUCUUUCUCUCUUUCUAAAUAGAGUAGAAAACAUUUUUCUCUCUCAAUCUCUUUGUUCAUGUUACUUUUUUUUUCUAUUCUUCCAUCACCAAUAAUAGAAACUGUGCUAAUCUACAAAUCCACCUGAAAGAAGAAGAUUAAAUCCCAAUCAUCAGUAAAUCUUUUUUUUCUCUCUCUCAUUAGAAGAAAAAACAAAAUUCAUCAAGUGUCGUCAAUUAUUGUUAUAGAAUUUCGGUUAAACCUGUUUCUUUUUCUUUCUUUCUCCUCUUUCCUCUUCUUCUUCUUCUUCUUCUUUCCUUGUGGUUCUCUUAAUCCACCGAGAGGCGAAAAGUGUAAAAGAUUAACCAUUUUGAUUAACCAACUUGUUGAUAUUCUGUCUUCUUCUUGUACUUCAUCAAUUGACCAAUCCAAUUGUUGAUUAAAUGUUUAAUUAUGAUAACAAAACGAUCAGUAGAUUAGAUAACCAUUACAAAUUCUCUCUCUAUAUCAACUCUCACUUUAGAAACUCCAUCUUACCAGUGUGUUUGUUUCUCUAUCAACAUAAUGUAUUAGAUCAACAACAACACUUUCAACUUUUCUAUUCUAUUUCUUAAUGAAUAAUCUUUCUUUUUUCUAUUCUCCAAUCUCUCUUUCACCUUCUCAUUACUGUGAUUAGCCGAUGAUCUUGAUAUAAAAACAAGAACAAUAAUCCAUCAAGUGUCCACUGUUGAUCCUGAUUGUCUUUCAACCUACUCUCCUUUACCAUUGUCUUUCAUAUUGGUCAUCGUUACCACCGCCGUCCGUUCAUAACCCUGUGACCUUCACCAUGACAUCUAUAGCUGAUCGCCAUCUUUAUCCAAUCUUCAUGUUACCAUCAAAAUUAUUUUCCAAAUUUCGAGGUUGGAUUUAUGGUUACAUUAGAUUACUCCUUGGUAUGGUUUGCUCAGUUUCCUGUUUAUUUUGUGUAUUCACAUUUAUUUGGUAUUUAACCUUUCGAGGUCUUUAUGGUUUCCUGAUUAAUUUACAAUUAUGCCAACAACCCACUGGCUGUGGACCUGAUGAUGAUGAAAAUGACCUAAACAUUGAAUAUACCGAUUAUCAAUCGGGUAAACGUGGUAGUUUUCUGACACGAUGUCGAGCACAAGCUGAAUUAAUUCAAAAAUCAUUGAAAAAAAGUCGAUCCAAUGGAGAUAAUAAAUCUCCCAAUGGACAUAAUGUUAAACAAAACAAUUGUAAUGAUACUAUUCAAGAAAACAAUGGUAAUAAUCAUCAUCAUCGUUGCCAUAACCAUAAUCAAAGUCACAGUCACAGUCACCAUCAUCAUCAUCAUCACCAUAAUUCACCCACCAAGGAAAACUCAGCUCAUGGAGUUCUUGUUAGAAACUCUUCAUACGUUUCUGAAGUUUAUUACGAUGAAAAUGGUCAUAAAAUUGGUGAACAAAUUUACCUUACAAAUGAUUCUGACGGUUUGGAGGAAUCAUAUUUCCAAUUCAAAGUGAAUGAUUAUCAACACCUCAAAGAACUCGGUGCUAUAUCUACAAGUGUCCUGGUCGAAGAGGAACCGUUCGAUGGUGGAGCUAAACAAGAGACCGAAGCGAAUGUUGAAAAUUCCCCUGAUAAUGAACCUCAAGAGGAUAAACAUGGUGCUAGUGGUGGAGAUUGCGAAGAGAAAAUCGUUGAUUCCGGCGAUGACAACGGCAGUGGUUCCGCCACAAUUAAAGAAUCAAACAUGUUCCACCUUUCAGUUUCCCACUCCCCUGAAUCAACCACCUCUUAUUGUGGCUCCAUUUUAACCGAUGAACCAGAUAAAACAACCAGCGAUCAACAAUCAACAUUAUUACAUUUAAAAUCUGAGAAUCAAGAAAAUGAUUCAAGUAAUAGUAAUUAUCCUGAUCCUGAUAACAUUUGCUCAACAACAACAACAAAUCAAGUCCAGUUGAACAAAUAUCCAAUCGAAUCAAUUAAAGAAGAGGAAACCAAAGAUUCAACAAUUAACUUAGUUACAAUACCUGAUUGUUCAAUUGAUAAAGUUAAUUGUGAUAAUAUUAAUGAUGAUAAACCAAAUGGUGUUCAACUUAAUGGUAAUGCUACCGGUGAAAAAAAACAAACCACCAAUGGUGAUGAUACUAAAUCUAAAUCAGUUAAUGAAAUUGCCAGAGAAAUCGAAAGCUCAAUUAAAGACCAAUCAACUGGACCUUCGAAAAGGACGAAGAAAAAACGUCGCUAUAAUAAUAAUUACAAUCGAAGUAAAAACAGUUAGAACUUAAUUGUGAUCAAUUUAAAGGAUAUACGAUCCAUUGUGUAUACAUUUUCAUACGUUUUCCUAUUUCACCGAUUAACCAACAUUCGCCCAUAUAUUUAAUUAUUGUUGUAAUUAUUUUUUAAUUGUCUCAAUUUUUCACUUAAUUAUUUGUCUACACAUCUAAAAACCCAAGACUUAAUAUUUGUAAAUCAUCAGAACAAGAUAAUUACGAUUGUCUUGUUAAUCACUUUGAAGAGCAGAUAAUUGUUCAUCUUUACCUUUAUUUUUUUUCAUCAUCAUCAUCAUUCAAUUAAUCAAAGGUCUCUCUGAUCAUCAUCAUCAUCAUCCAACUAUAAUUAUAAAAAUCUACAAUUAGCUGAUAUUGGAAAUCAAUCAACGCCCUGAUUUAAUUGAAUACAAACCGAAUUAUAUAUUUGCUCUUCAUUCAUCAUUUUAAUUAUGUUCCUCUCGAUGAUGAUUAAAAUUCAUCAUCUCAAAAGUGUUAUUUCAUAUAAAGUAAUUAAGCAAAAAUCUUAA